GUCCUGUGGGUGCUGCCUGGUGAAGCAUGGUGGCGGUGGAGAGAAGAGUGUGUGAGACGGAGCACUGCACCAGCGAGGCCAAGCUGCAAUGCCCGACCUGCCUCAAGCUGGGCAUCCAUGGCUCGUACUUCUGCUCGCAGGAAUGUUUCAGGGGAAGCUGGGCAUCGCACAAGAUGCUGCACAAGAAAGCAAAUGAGAGAGUCAAAAGUCAAGAUUCACCAUGGACAAUGGAAGGAGAAAUCAAUACCGAUCCUUGGCUAGGCUAUCGGUAUACUGGAAAACUCAGGCCAUACUAUCCAUUGAUGCCAAUGAGACCAGUACCAAGCUACAUACAAAGGCCAGAUUAUGCAGAUCACCCUUUAGGAAUGUCACAAUCUGAACAAUCCUUGAAGGGAACCUCCCAAAUUAAAGUGCUUUCUCCCGAAGAAAUUGAGGGAAUGCGUGUUGUAUGUAAGCUAGCUAGAGAAGUGCUGGAUGUGGCUGCUAUGAUGGUGAGGGCUGGAGUCACUACUGAAGAGAUAGACCAUGCUGUACAUUUGGCGUGCAUUUCAAGAAAUUGCUACCCUUCCCCACUGAAUUAUUAUAACUUCCCAAAGUCCUGCUAUACAUCUGUGAAUGAAGUGAUCUGCCAUGGGAUUCCAGACAGGAGACCUCUGCAAGAUGGAGACAUUGUGAAUGUGGACAUUACGGUUUACCACAAUGGUUACCAUGGAGAUCUUAAUGAAUCCUUUUAUGUUGGAAAAGUUGAUGAGGGCGCAAUACGGCUUGUUCAGACAACUUUCAAGUGUCUAAUGCAAGAAAUUGAUGAAGUGAAGCCUGGUGUUCGGUACAGAGAACUAGGAAACAUUAUUCAGAAACAUGCCAAUGGCUUCUCUGUUGUUCGAAGCUACUGUGGACAUGGCAUUCACAGGUUAUUCCAUACUGCUCCCAAUGUGCCACACUAUGCCAAAAACAAGGCUGUCUGCGUGGUGAAACCAGGGCAUGUGUUCACAAUCGAGCCAAUGAUCUGUGAAGGAGGAUGGCAAGAUGAGACCUGGCCAGAUGGUUGGACUGCAGUGACAAGAGAUGGAAAACGUUCAGCUCAGUUUGAGCACACUCUUUUAGUCACAGAGACUGGCUGCGAGAUCUUGACCAGGAGAUUGGAACACAAUGGACGUCCUCAUUUUAUGUUUUAGCAUCCCCCUUGUCGUCUUAAUUAGUUGAUAGAAAUGGUGU